AUGGUCGAGUUGGUACCUUUUGUGGUGCCCACCGACAGCAACAAAACCUUGGUGGUUUGGGAGCUGAACUCUGGGCCAACAGCCGAAGACUUGCAUCACUUUCUGUUCACAGUGUUCUCCCAGUUUGGCCUUCUGUAUUCCGUCCGUGUCUUCCCAAACGCUGCAGUAGCCCGCCCGGGCUUCUAUGCCAUCAUCAAGUUUUAUUCGGCAAGGGAUGCACACAGAGCCCAAAAGGCAUGCGACCGGAAGCAGCUUUUUCAGGAAAGUCCGGUGAAGGUUCAUCUUGGUACCAAACAUAAGGCAGUUCAACAUCAGGCCCUUGCCCUAAACAGCUCUCGAUGCCAAGAACUUGCAAAUUACUACUUUGGUUUCAAUGGCUGGUCAAAAAGAAUCAUCAAGCUUCAGGAUCUUUCUGACCUGGACGAAAGGGAGAAUGAAGAUAUCAUGGCGGCAGCUCAGAAGCAAAAUCUGAAGUUCUUCUGUGCCCUAGAGGUGGUGUUGCCAGCCUAUGAGUGCAGGAGUCCUGGCAUUGGCAUAGCCGAGGGGCCUGUGGAGAAACAGGAAGAAGAAAGUGGUAAAAUAGCUGUGGAGUAUACUCCCAGUGAGGAAAUCAUAGAUUCCAGAACCGAAGAAGAACUCCAGGAGUUCAUUCAUGUCAGUUACUUUUCUUGGAAGCAGUAUGGCCAAGAGGAAGAAGGUCUGGAGCUGAGUUUGGAGGUGGAAGAGUUCUGGCUGCCAGAAACGGCCCAGCACUUUCGACGCCGCCUCAUUGGCCUGGAUCGCUGCGCCCAGGAGCCUCCGUGUGUCAUGUCCGUCUGGUCCCCUUGGCUCCUACUCGCGCUGCAACCCCUUUGGCUGCUGCUCCUGGCUGCCCCAUUUCCAGAGUCGGACCUGGACCUGACUGAACCCUGGUCUUCGCCCUCCCUUGAUCACCUACGGAAUCGCCCCACAAGCUUAUAUCCUUGCCUGAUCCAGAGGGCUCUGACCAUGGAUUCUCCCGUUCCAGCCCAGAUGCUGGCCCCGCCUCAGGAAUUAACUGAGACUUUGGACAUGGAUUCAGCUACAGAGCCACCCCCAAUGCCAGACCAGUUCUCUGGCACACAUCAAGAUCUUAAUGACCACCUACCUCCACAUCAGAAGCUUCCAGAGGUGGGUCCUGUGCUAGACUGGGAUCAGAAUCAGGCCUUAGCUCUGCCUCCUCAACUCAAAAGUAAGAUUGAAACUCCAGGCCAGCAGGAGGCGUCAGCACAGCCUCUAAAGCCUCCCCAGCAGGCUGAACCUUCUCCAGGCCAGCAGGAGGCUCCAGCUCACCCUCUAAAACCCUCUGUGGAGGUGGGACCUUCUCCAGUCGAGCAGGAGUCUUCACCUCAGCCUCCAGAGACCCCUGAGGAGUUGGAGCCUUAA